AUGUUUGGCCCCUCGACCGGCCCCCAGACGGGCAUCAACACUCCUCGAUCCUCGCAGUCCCUGCGUCCCCUCAAUCUCUCCCAUGGAUCCCUCGAGUUCUCCUUUCUAGUGGCCACAUCCCUUCAUUUCCAUGCCUCACAACUCAAGGACAGCUUUGCUGCCUCGCUCCCUGAGCCCACUGACGAGCUAGCACAGGACGAUGAGCCGUCGUCCGUGCCGGACCUCGUAGCCCGGUACCUUGGCUUCAUCGCCCACGAGGUCGAGGAGGGCGAAGAUGACUCCCUGGGCUCGUACAUCGAAGUUCUCAAGCUCGUUCUAAACGAGUUCGAGCGUGCUUUUAUGCGCGGUAACGAUGUCCAUGCCGUUGCUGGCUCCAUACCCGGCAUCCCUGCGAAGAAGCUGCUCAUGGUAGAAAACUACUAUGCGGCCCGUGCAGCCGUGAACAGGCCCACAAAGCCCCACGAUUCCGCUCUCCUGCGUGCUGCCAUGGAAGGGAACGCAAAGUUGUACAGUAUCUACGGCGGCCAGGGUAACAUUGAAGAAUAUUUUGACGAGCUACGCGAGAUUUACAACACGUAUCCUUCAUUUGUCGAGGACCUCAUUUCCUCUUCGGCGGAGCUGCUGCAGUCUCUCGCCAGAGAUCUUGAUGCUAUCAAGCUCUAUUCAAAGGGAAUGGAUAUUCUCCGCUGGUUGCACGACCGUGAUACCCAGCCAGAUACUGACUAUCUCGUCUCUGCACCAGUCAGCUUGCCAUUAAUUGGCCUUGUUCAGCUCGCCCACUUCAUGGCUACCUGCAAGGCCAUGGGAAAGGAGCCGGGUGACGUACUUGAUACUUUCAGUGGUACCACUGGUCACUCGCAGGGUAUCAUUACUGCUGCUACUAUCGCCACUGUGACCACGUGGGAGUCUUUUGCAAAGGCUGCCAGAGCGGCGCUAACCAUGCUCUUCUGGAUCGGCCUUCGGAGUCAACAGGCAUACCCUCGCACCUCACUCGCCCCGUCGCUACUUCAGGACUCCAUUGAGAACGGAGAGGGCAUCCCGACUCCUAUGCUGUCCAUCCGAGACCUCCACCGGUCAGCGGUACAGGAACACAUUGAUGCUACGAACCAACAUCUGCCAGAAGACCGCCACAUCGCUAUCUCCUUGGUCAACAGCCCUCGCAACUUUGUUGUUACCGGUCCACCAAUCUCCCUGUACGGUCUAAACUUACGUCUCCGUAAGGUUAAAGCAGCCACUGGCCUUGACCAAAACCGGGUUCCCUUCACACAGCGAAAGAUUCGCUUCGUCAACAGAUUCUUGCCCAUCACGGCCCCUUUCCACAGCCAAUACCUUGCUUCUGCUUUCGAAGCUAUAGCCGAGGACGUUGAGGAUAUCAAAAUCCCUGCACGAUCCUUGCGAAUCCCUGUUUAUGAUACGAACACUGGCAAGGAUAUCAGCAAACUCGGCGACGAGGAUAUCGUACCUGCAUUGAUCCGCAUGAUCACCAGUGACCCGGUUGACUGGGAAAAGGCUACUGUUUUCAGCAAGGCUACCCACAUUGUUGACUUUGGUCCAGGUGGCAUCUCAGGACUAGGUGUCCUCACCAACCGUAACAAGGACGGUACCGGUGUUAGAGUCAUUCUUGGUGGUCUUAUAGACGGCACUAACGCAGAGGUGGGAUACAAACCUGAGUUGUUUGAUCGUGAUGAAGACCAUGCCGUCAAAUACGCUGUCGACUGGGUUGAGGUCUAUGGCCCCCGCCUUGUAAAGACCUCUGUCGGCCAAACUUUUGUAGAUACAAAGAUGAGCAGACUUCUAGGUGUCCCCCCAAUAAUGGUUGCUGGUAUGACUCCGACUACUGUGCCUUGGGACUUUGUCGCUGCCACAAUGAACGCCGGAUACCAGAUAGAGCUCGGAGGGGGUGGCUACUACAACGCGAAAUCUAUGACAGCAGCUCUCACGAAGAUCGAAAAGGCGAUUCCUCCAGGCCGUGGUAUCACCGUCAACUUAAUCUACGUUAAUCCACGCGCUAUGGCCUGGCAGAUUCCAUUGCUGGCUAAGCUCCGUGCCGACGGUGUUCCUAUCGAAGGUCUUGUUAUUGGCGCCGGAGUACCAUCCAUUGAGGUUGCGAAUGAAUACAUUGAGACACUUGGAAUCAAGCACAUAGGCUUCAAGCCAGGCUCUUUAGACGCUAUCCAACAGGUCAUCAAUAUUGCCAAGGCAAACCCCAGUUUCCCUGUUAUCCUGCAGUGGACUGGUGGUCGUGGAGGAGGACAUCACUCGUUUGAAGAUUUCCACCAACCUGUCCUUCAAAUGUAUAGUCGUAUCCGCAAAUGUGAUAACAUUGUUCUAGUUGCAGGAAGUGGCUUUGGUGGCUCCACAGACACCUAUCCAUACCUCACUGGUACCUGGUCUCGCCAGUUCGGAUACCCACCUAUGCCAUUCGAUGGCUGCCUCUUCGGCAGUCGCAUGAUGGUUGCUAAGGAGGCACACACCUCCAAGGCUGCCAAGGAGGCGAUAGUAGCUGCGCCCGGCGUCGAUGAUGCUAAAUGGGAAGACACUUACAAGGGCGCUGCAGGCGGCGUCAUUACCGUGCGCUCUGAGAUGGGAGAACCUAUUCACAAACUAGCCACCAGAGGAGUGCUUUUCUGGGCUGAGAUGGACCAAAAGAUAUUCUCUCUCGAUAAGGCCAAGCGACUCCCUGCUCUCAAGAAACACAGAGAGUAUAUAAUUAAAAAACUCAAUGAUGACUUCCAAAAGGUGUGGUUCGGACGUAACUCGAAGGGUGUUACCGUUGACUUGGAGGACAUGACCUACGCUGAGGUUGUACACCGCAUGGUUGAACUCAUGUAUGUUAAACAUGAAGCUAGGUGGAUCGAUGAUUCGCUUAAGAGAUUCACCGGCGAUUUCCUUCGCCGUGUUGAAGAGCGAUUUACCACAGAGAAGAACCAAGAAUCUCGCCUCCAGUCUUACUCUCAGCUUGAUACCCCCUACCCAACUGUCCAAGAGAUCCUCGAUGCCUAUCCUGCCUCUGCCGAUCAGCUUAUCAACGCGCAAGAUGUACAGCACUUCCUUCAGCUCUGCCAGAGACGAGGGCAAAAGCCAGUUCCAUUUGUGCCAUCGCUAGAUGAGAACUUCGAGUUCUGGUUCAAGAAAGAUUCUCUCUGGCAAUCAGAGGAUAUUGAGGCCGUCGUUGGUCAAGAUGUUGGUCGUGUUUGUAUCCUGCAAGGGCCCAUGGCUGCCAAAUACUCAACCGUCAUCGAUGAACCAAUCAAGAGCAUCUUGGAUGGCAUCCACCAAGACCAUAUCAAGGGCCUUAUUCAAGAUGUCUACAAUGGUGAUGAGUCUAAGGUUCCGACCGUUGAAUACUUCGGUGGUCGACUUGCUCUUGUUGACGAUGAAGAUCGCGACAUUGAUGGCUUAACCAUCUCCGAGGAUGCUACUCGAGUUUCCUAUCGCCUUUCGUCCUCCCCUUCGGCCAAUCUUCCUGAACUUGACCGCUGGCUUCAUCUCUUGGCUGGUAAUAUUUACUCUUGGAGAUAUGCUCUCUUUACCACUGAGGUCUUCAUCCAAGGCCAGCGUUUCCAGACAAACCCCAUCAAGCGCAUUCUUGCGCCUACUCGUGGCAUGUUUGUUGAAAUAACCAACCCAAAUGAUUCUUUGAAGACAGUUAUCAGCAUGCGUGAGCCAUGCCAAUCAGGAAAACUGGUCAAAACUGUCGAAAUUCGACUUGUAGAGAAGAACCGAAUUGCACUCACAUUGUUCGAAGGUCGAACUGCUGAAAGUGGCGUUGUCCCACUCCCGUUCUACUUCACCUACCACCCAGAAACCGGUUAUGCUCCCAUUCGAGAAGUCAUGGAAGGACGCAAUGAUCGUAUCAAGGAGUUUUACUACCGUGUGUGGUUUGGCGAACGCACAGUUCCAUUCGACACUCCAGCGGCGGCCAUCUUUGAUGGUGGACGUACUACUGUCACUGCCCAAGCCAUUGCAGACUUCGUUCAUGCUGUUGGUAACACUGGUGAGGCCUUCGUCGAACGCCAGGGAAAGGAAACCUUUGCGCCUAUGGACUUCGCUAUUGUUGCAGGAUGGAAAGCUAUUACGAAGCCAAUCUUCCCACGUACUAUCGAUGGUGACCUAUUAAAGCUUGUCCAUCUGUCCAACGGUUUCAGGAUGGUUCCUGGCGCAGAGCCACUCAAGGUCGGCGAUAUUCUUGAUACGACAGCUCAAAUCAAUGCUAUCGUUAACCAGGACUCUGGUAAGAUGGUUGAGGUCUGUGGAACCAUAAAGAGGGAUGGUGAACCAAUUAUGCACGUUACCAGUCAGUUCCUGUACCGAGGUAACUACACCGACUACGAAACCACAUUCUUACGCAAGGAUGAAGUCCCAAUGCAAGUACAUUUGGCUACUUCAAAGGAUGUAGCGGUCUUGCAAUCGAAAGAGUGGUUCCGACUGGAUGAGGGCAAUGUUGAACUUUUGGGCCAAACCCUCACUUUCCGUCUUCAGAGUUUGGUCCGCUACAAGGAUAAGACUGUCUUCCAGAACAUGCAGACCACCGGUCAGGUCUUGGUUGAACUUCCCACCAAAGAAAUUAUUCAGGUGGGAUCGGUUGACUACGAUGCCGGUGUUUCUCACGGCAACCCGGUGAUUGACUAUCUCCAGCGUCAUGGUUCGGCCAUUGAGCAGCCGGUUAACUUCGAAAACCCAAUCCCGCUUAGCAAGUCGCCUUUGGUUCUCAAAGCUCCUGCCUCUAACGAGACGUAUGCUAGAGUGUCUGGUGACUAUAACCCAAUCCAUGUCUCCAGAGUCUUCUCCAGCUACGCCAACUUGCCAGGUACCAUCACUCACGGUAUGUAUACCAGUGCUGCUGUCAGAAGUCUGGUUGAAACCUGGGCUGCCGAAAACAAUAUCGGCCGUGUUCGCAGCUUUCAUGCUUCCCUUGUCGGGAUGGUCCUUCCCAAUGAUGACCUAGUUGUCAAGCUUCAGCAUGUUGGUAUGAUUGCUGGUCGCAAGAUCAUCCAAGUCGAGGCCAGCAACCAAAAUACCGAGGAGAAGGUCUUGAUUGGUGAGGCCGAAGUUGAGCAGCCAGUUUCUUCAUACGUUUUCACCGGUCAAGGUUCUCAAGAGCAGGGCAUGGGUAUGGACCUUUACGCCACCAGCCCUGUUGCUAAGGAAGUGUGGGACCGCGCGGAUCGCCAUUUUAUGGAGAAUUACGGUUUCUCUAUCAUUGACAUUGUCAAGAAUAACCCUCAAGAGCUGACUGUACACUUCGGUGGACCUCGUGGAAAGAACAUUCGACAGAACUAUAUGUCGAUGACCUUCGAAACUGUCAACGCUGAUGGAUCUAUAAAGUCUGAGAAGAUAUUCAAGGAAGUUGACGAGAAGACCUCUUCUUAUACUUACAAGUCACCUACUGGACUAUUGUCAGCCACUCAGUUCACUCAGCCGGCCCUCACCCUGAUGGAGAAAGCCAGCUUCGAAGACAUGCGUUCCAAGGGCCUGGUCCAGAGAGAUAGCAGUUUCGCAGGUCACUCAUUAGGGGAGUACUCUGCACUUGCUGCCCUUGCUGAGGUCAUGCCAAUUGAGAGUUUGGUCUCCGUCGUGUUCUACCGUGGUUUAACGAUGCAAGUUGCAGUGGAACGUGAUGAACAGGGUCGCUCCAACUACUCCAUGUGCGCAGUUAACCCCAGCCGUAUCUCCCAGACCUUCAAUGAACAGGCACUCCAGUACGUAGUUGAGAAUGUUUCAGAGACUACAGGCUGGCUGCUUGAGAUUGUCAACUACAACGUGGCAAACAUGCAGUAUGUCUGUGCUGGCGAUCUUCGAGCACUUGACAGUUUGACAAACGUCCUGAAUGUCCUCAAGGCCCAAAAGAUUGAUAUUCCUGCUCUGAUGCAGACCAUGUCACUCGAAGACGUUAAAUCACACCUCGUUCAAAUCAUUGACGAAUGCGUGAAGCAGACAAAUGCCAAGCCACAACCUAUUGUUCUCGAGCGUGGAUUCGCAACCAUUCCACUCAAGGGUAUUGAUGUGCCUUUCCACAGCACUUUCCUUCGCUCCGGUGUCAAGCCCUUCCGAUCUUUCUUGCUUAAGAAGAUUAAUAAGACAACCAUUGAUCCAAGCAAAUUGAUCGGCAAAUACAUUCCCAAUGUUACCGCUCGCCCGUUUGAGCUCACAAGAGAAUAUUUCGAAGAUGUGUACCGACUUACAAACUCACCUCGUAUUGGAAAUAUUUUGGCAAACUGGGAUAAAUACGAAGAACCCCAAGAUACCCCAACUGAAUCUACCGACUCUCCAUAA